CUAGAUGUAAACAGCGGGUAGAGGGUAAGUUGUUUUCCUCUCUUGAUGUGCUGCCAUUUUUGUGUGCGAGCAUAACCUCGUGAUGUCUGCUGUUUCGCAGUCUUCGGAUAACGAUGCCUAUGCUCUGUUGGCAUUAAAAUCGGCACCGGCAAGUCCUGCAAGAAUGGGUUGGUGUCCAGACCCAAAGCAUACCGCUAUUGCACGCUUAGAAGGUCGAGACUUUGAAUAUUUGAUGCGUCAAAAUCGCAUUACUAUUGGCCGUAAUAGCAGCAAGGGAGAUGUCGACGUUGAUAUGGGACAUUCAAGCUUCAUUUCAAGGGUGCAUCUAGAAAUAUUCUAUGAACUGCCUAAUUUUUUCAUGAAGUGUGGUGGAAAGAAUGGGGUAUUUAUUGAUGGUAUUUUUCAAGGAAAAGGAGCACCACCGUUACAGUUACCAAAAACAUGUAUCCUGCGCUUUCCUAGCACAAACAUCAAGAUAGUGUUUCAAUCAUUGGUUGAAGAAAAUCCUCCUCCUAUUGCCAUACCACCACCUAGUUCAAUUAAUGUCUCGCCAAAGAAGAAACCUUUACCACCAUUAAAAAUAAAUAUACCAGAACAUGCACAUCCAGUAAACAGUCCAUGUCUUUCUCCAACAGGAACUAUUAGUGCUGCAAAUUCUUGUCCAACAAGUCCAAGAGGAGGAACAGGCCCUCGUAUGUUUGUGCCCGAUUUACAAGCAGCAGCUGUGUAUGCUGCCGCUCACCCACGUGAAGAAAAAGACACUCAAAAUAAUCAAACUAUUGUUGGUAGUGAUAGUCCACGAGAUGAAUCAAAACCCCCAUAUUCUUAUGCUCAGCUAAUUGUGCAAGCUGUAACAUCAGCAACUGAUAAACAGCUAACAUUAAGUGGCAUAUAUGCUUAUAUUACAAAGAAUUAUCCAUAUUAUAGGACAGCAGAUAAAGGAUGGCAGAAUUCAAUAAGACAUAAUUUAUCAUUAAAUCGCUACUUUGUUAAAGUACCCAGAUCUCAGGAGGAACCUGGCAAGGGUUCUUUUUGGAGAAUAGACGCUGCAUCAGAAGCUAAACUUACAUCACAAGCUUUUAGGCGGCGGAGACAACGUGGUGUACCAUGUUUUAGAACACCUUUUGGUGGAUUAUCUACAAGAUCUGCUCCAGCUUCUCCAAGUCAUAUGGCUGGAACAUUUACACCUGAUGAUUUGUCAAGAGAAGGAAGUCCAGUACCUGAAACUAUCUCUGAAACAGAGCCACCACAACAUAUGACCGGUGUAAUAUAUCGGCCUGGUAUUACUUCAGUUCAAACAGAUCAUAGACUUAGUCAGUCAGCUCCAGGUUCUCCUGCAGGAUCUCGAGUAUUGUCUCCUGUUACAGUGGUAGCUAAUGCUCCUACAGCAAUGCAUCAAAUGCCCUCUGUUAUCACAAAACCAAAAAUAUUUGUUACAAAUGCUGGACAACAAGUGCUACUGAAUGGUCCACUAAUCUCUGGCUCCCCAAUUACAAACGGUACACAUUUAGAAAUUAAGAAAGAAAAUCCUGACCAUGGUCAAGGUAUUAUCAAUACUAGUGCUUCACAAAAAGUUGCAUCGUUAAUGGCAACAGCAACAGCAGGCCAAUAUGGUGCUGGUGGCACUCUCAAACCAAUUACCCUCAUCCGGACAUUGGCAGGUCCACAACAGUCAACAGGGCCAACAGCCGUAACCUUAGCAACACCACACCUAACAUCACAACUAACAACAUCUCAAGCUAAUCUAACAACAUCAGUAGGAGCACUACAAGCAUCUCAACCCUUCACUCUCAUCUCUCAGCCAACUUUUCAGAUAGUUCAGUCUGCUGCUGUACCUUCAGGAGAUAGUAAAAAAGUUCAGUCCCAGAUAGCUGUGUCAACUGGAGAAAAUCAUGCAGUCAUUUCUCAACCUGUAGCUACAGCUUUACAACAGCAUUUAUUAAUGCAAAAUGUUGCCAACCUGGCUGCUAAGAGAACUUCAGAUGGGGAAAAUGGUGAAAGGGAAGGUCCCGACGGAAAAAGAAUAAAAACAGAAACAACCGAAGCAAGUUAAUUGAUGACACAAAGAGAAAUAUAUUAACUGUGUGCUUUAAUUGGUUUACCCAAGACUUCCAUGAUGAUCUGGGUGAAAUGUUUAAGUUCUUUUUAAAAUGUUACUCUUUGUAAAACUAUUAACAAAUCUUCACCUAUGCUUUAUCCUUAAAAAACCCUAUUUUGUAAAAAAGAAAAUAAUGAUAAAAUUAAUGAUGAUUAUCUAUGAUAUAUUCUAUAUUUAAACUUAUAAAAGCUGUGUAUUUAUUGUGUUUAGAUAAUCAUUACCUAUAUGAUAUACAUGUUAGCAUCCUACUUCAUAGAUCAUCAUCUUAUGGCAUAAUAAUGGUUGAUCGUUAUUCAAUUUACUCACACCAAUAAUUUAUUACGGAGAAUGUCAGUUUUAUGAUGACCUUUGAUAUGAAAUUAAUUUUGAAACACAUUGUAGAUUUGAAGGUAGCAAUAUAGUGAAAUAGUUAUGUGUAAAGUUAUAUGAGCACUUAAAAUACAGAUGUGACGUCAUCUGUUGAUGUUGGCGUACUAUUAUUUCAAAUAAUCGUACGGGCAACUUGCCAAUUGUACAUUAUUUAUACUAGUGAAAUAUUGGACUCGAGUGACAUAUUUCACUGUAAAAGCACGUUCGGAGUAUCUAUAUUUUAAGUCGUUUAAUGGUCUUGAACUUAGGACAUUGCAUAAUAUAUUGUAAAAACACGACCCUCUUGUUGUUACAGUGUAUUACUUAAUGUCACCUUCUCGUCCAUUAAACAAUACAUAAAUAAAAUGAUUCUAGUCUACAUAUUUUAUGUGUGUAGUUCAGAAAGAUUAUCGGAAUAGUAUGAUAUUCACAUUAUGUUAUGAUAUGUUAUAAUUAAUUCGAACUUACUGUAGAGUAAUUAUAGUAAAUUAUUACAUCGUGUACUUAUGGUAUCAAUCUGAUUAAAACAAAGAUCCUAAUUCGUUUUGUUUUUUAUAGUUCAAAAUUUCAUUUUACUUGUCUUUACUGCACUAGGAUCUAGGAUAUAACCAGCGUUCUGGUUGAUGUGAGGGAUUAGCCAAUGAAACCAUCUGUUACGGUGACUUCUUGGCGUGCGAUGCACGAAACUGGGUAAACCACUAGAAACAUCAACGCUGAUUGAUUAAUCAAUGUCUGAUGUCAUAGGUCAAAAGUCAUUCACACGACCUCCAACGCGACCUUCCACUACAACCAGUCAGAUCUUCAUGGAGUGUAGGCCAUCGAAAGUAUAAAACAAACGAAACGAAAUAUAGAUCUGUAUUUUGAUCAGAUUGUAUAGAGUUAUAAUAGUAAAUUAUUACAUUGUGUAAGUAUGGGAUAGCAGUACAUCGUCGAUUCAGUCAUCAAUCAAAAUUAUAUUAAGGAGAGAGAUAUGUAAACAAAUGAAGUUAAAUGGUUAGUUUUAUGUACAAGUUAAUAAUAUAGUUAUUGAUUUUAUCAUCGGUUAUUAUUUGUUUUGCUUUUAAUUUAAUGCUGUUUUGUGUUGUAAAUUUUGAGAACUGUUUUGUUAUUAAUUAUUAAAAAAAAUGAUAGAAAUAAACCAUAAAUAAUAUUAAAUUCAAUGUUGUAUAACAUAUAAUAUAUCCCCAAUUCUUGAUCUGUUUAUAUUUUUAAUUGUGGACAUUUGAUCGGCUAUAUGUAUGUCAACAUGUACUGAUGUUACAGAAUUGUUUUACAUGGUUUAUCCCCCGCCCACUUUUAUUAUGUUUACGUGUAAAAUACUACCUUCUAUGAAAGUGCUAUUGUGUUUGGGGUGAUAUAUAUAUUUAUUAUAUAUUCUAAACAAACAUAAGACUAGUAUUUUUUAUUCUAUUACAAAUUUAUUUAGUUUUAUCUACCUAAAUAUACAACACAAUAAGGCUGAUUUAUAAUGUAUAUAUUCCCUGUUAUGAUACACAUGUACAAAGGUUUAAUUUAAUGCUGAUCGCUAAUAUGUACAUUGCUAUAUAUGUCAGUUUAAAUGUUAGUCAAAAUAUUUACAUUGUUUUGAAAAAUAUUCAACUUGGGUUAAAAGAUACCAGGUAUUUUCUUCCUUCUCUACUGAACCUAUGUUCAUGUAGUCCAUAAAAACAGUAGAGGUUUAAACAUUCAUUAUGCAAGAGCUAAAUCUGCCUAUUGCAGGUCUUUCUUUAGGUCUGAAAUAUUAUCUAAAUUAUUAAUUAGACAUUAAUCAUUCAUGAUUAAAUUAUGAAAUGGAUAAUCGAGACUAUGUUUUUUUUAUCACACCAAAUUUAGUAAUGGUGAUUGAGGCUAGGCCGAAAAUUUAAUCACUAAAUUCUCGGUUCAUAGUGGAUCAAUUUGACUGAAAUUUUCAGCAAAUUCCCUUUACAUUAUCUAGUUUAUAACUAUUAUAGUGAGAACUGCCAGCUCUUUAUCUAAUCUCCCAUAAUGUAUCUUUAAGUGAAUAAAAACGGGUACAUGAAACAGAAUACAAUAGUUCAAGAAGCCAGGAAAAUUACCCGAUUAGUAGAAAAGGCGUGGAAAAUGAUAUUUUGUUUUUUGAUAUUUGCGUUAUACAAAUGAUCAUUUUGUAGAGUAUUAAUCAGUCAAAAGUGUAUCUUGCUACAAAAAAUGAUAUUUUGAAUUUUGAUAUUUGCAUUAUACAAAUGAUCAUUUUGUAGAGUAUUCAUCAGUCAAAAGUGUAUCUUGCUACAAAAAAUGAUAUUUUGAAUUUUGAUAUUUGCAUUAUACAAAUGAUCAUUUUGUAGAGUAUUCAUAAGUCAAAAGUGUAUCUUGCUACAAUAAAUGAUUUUGUAGAGUAUUACCGGUAAUCAGUCAAAGUGUAUUUUGCUAGAAAAAAUUUGUUCAAUAUUGAAUGUUUGGCGAAAUAAAUAGGUAAGAUUUUAAAAUAUUUUAUAUCCUACUGCAUAAUAAUUGGUAUUUAUGAUGAGGAUUUUCAAGAUGAUCGAAACUGUGAGUGUUUUUGAGGAAUUACGUUUUCUUCCAUUUUUCUUUUUUCUUUUUUUUUUUUGAUAUCAUUAUUUAUCACUUCACUCACCUCUUAGUAAAUUAUUCUUAUAUUAUGAUAGGUCAUUACGCCAUAUUUUUGUAUAUACAUAAAAUGCACAUAUUGACAAUAUAUCAUCUUAAUGUUGCUAUAUUAUUUGGUACCAUCUUUAGACUUCAUUAUAAAUAAUUGCCUUUGAAAAAUGCCAGAAAAUAUUAGUGCUUUUAGGUCAGUGAAUGUGUUCUUCUGUAAGCAAAGAACUCCAGUGUCUGUUCAUCCUCGUGGAUUUUCUCCGGGUCCUCCGGUUUCCUCCGAAUGCUAAAGACCCCUAUGCGCAAGCGAAUUAUUGAAAUAAAAUUGAACCAUAUGUUAGGUUCGUCUGUCCAGCCUCAUGGGUUUUCCCCGGGUCCCCGGUUUCCUCCCACAGCUAAAGAUCCCUACGCGCAAGUGAAUUAUGUAAAUAAAAUUAAACCAUAUGUUAGUCCCAAAAUGACCUAGUUUGUGUCGAGUGGACGUUAAACUCCAUUUCUCUCUCUCUCUCUUUCUCCGGGUCCUCCUGUUUCCUCCCACUGCUAAAGACCCCUAUGCGGAAGCGAAUUAAUGAAAUAAAAUUGAACCAUAUGUUAGUCCCGAAAUGACCUAAUUUGUGAUGAGUGGACGUUAAACCCCAUUUCUCUCUCUCUCUCCAGCUAUUACGAUCUAUGGCAAACUGUAAAUUUCUUGUAAACUAUUAGAGAUAUGUGUUAAUAAUGUUAUCAUACCCAUGUCAUCUGUUUCAUCCAUCAUGUCAUUUUAGUGUAUCAUAGUUGUUUUAUUAGAAACUUAUUCAAAGCCAAUCAUGAUCAAGUUUUUUUCUCAAGUUGUUAUUUUUGUUAAGAUUAAGUCAAUUAUGAUGGUGGACGAAACCACAUUUAUGGCGAAUGAUUUAUUUUAUGAAAAUGUUCUCACAAUAAGGCUGGUAAUAUAUAAAUGGUAUUCUUUGAAUGGCAUUUAGUAAUUGGAACAUAAUCAAACACUUUUAUGGAAUGACAAUUACUAUGGUUUAUUUCACUGCGACGUUUCAACAAGAUUUCCCAAGUUGUUAUCAAGCAUAUACACAAAUGGUGUUAUAUUAUGCCAGUCGCAUGUGUGUGGAGUGGAGCACGAGCUCAAAUACAACUUUUUUGUUCCAUUGUGAGUUCAGUGAUUAUUGAAUCAUACUAAAAGUUCACCAAUUGCUUCAUUGUGAAGUUUGAAUAAUUUUUUUUUAUAUUAUGAAAUUAAAAUACAGGAAUAUUUUGGAACAAGUCCAUUUAUUCUUGUAUUUUAAAUGUUUAUAUAUUUUAUGAUAUUGUGAAAUAUAUGUGUACAGAAUUCACAAAAUAAUGACUUGUAAAGUGUAUUACUUAUUUGUUUGUUGAAUGAUUAUGUUCGGAAACAAAAAAUUUCACACAUUUAUAACCUGUGAAUGAAAAGUUUUUCAAAAAUCUAGAGAAAAUGUAGUCUUCAAUCAUUUUUACAACUUUGCUUCAUUAGUCAGCCUUUUAUACCGUUAUUUGUUUUAUCGGCUAUUUGGAUACCAUUGUAUUGUAGUUAAAUAUGUUUUGUACAUAUGUGAAUUUGGUUAAUCAACAGUUUCCAGAAAAAUUGAUUAAUUUAAAUCUUCUCCAAAUAGCUUUGCAGUGUCAAUGUACUAAUGAUAGCAUAUUCAUGUAUUUGUAAUUUUUGCAACUGUUGUCAUUUCAUUGUAAUACGUCAGUCAGUGGCUAUAAUAUGAUCACGCUAUAUAAUGAGUUUAAAUAUCAUUUUUCCUUAUAUGUGAUCACACCCACAUGUAUAAAUAAAGUGUAUUGUUUUAAGGUCAAA